AUGGCAAACGAGAUCGAGCUCUCAUGUCCCAUCUGCCUCGUGCCGGUCGGCUCACUCAGCCCGGAAGGGACGGUCGAGGGAUGGAGCGCCCUGCCGUGUGGACAUCGAUUCGGAAGCUACUGCAUCAAGCAAUACCUCGGCAUGGUAGCCGACGAGCGACCCUCAUGCCCCGUCUGCCGUCUUCCGGCGCACCAUCAGUGUGAUCACCCCGUCUUACCCGUCGUCCUUGAUGCCCGCGAGGCAAAGCUCGACGAGGAGAUUACCGCAGAAAAAAGGGCCGGGAAGAUCAGCAAGCUACAAGCCAUUCCUUGCGGAUAUUGCCAGACUCCAGAAGCGAGUGAGAAGCGACCCAGAAAGCUCUUUAGCAGCAGGUGGAAGACCCCGAUCCGAUGGCUGUGGGGACUGAGGCUGACCACCCGUCGGAGAAGGAAUAGAAGCCGCGAUGGUGGCGACAACAACGACGGGAUCUGGAGAGGGCCGUGGGUGGACAAGUACCCAAGGCCGCGAGACCUCGAAUGGGAGAAAUGGUGGAGCAACCAAGCUCCAUGCGCGCCAUUACUGCCCUCGGACGCCUGA